AUGAAAUCAAUGAGGACCCCUUUGGGGAGCAUUGAUACUCGCCUGGAAAUGCAAGGUGCUGAAAUUGAGCCUUUCUGCUCGAGCUCCCCCUCUCUCGCACUCGAAAAUCAACUGCUUAGCGGCGGAGAGUCGCCAGUGAGCGCCAGAAACACCGAGCAAAAAGCGAGCCAUCGAGUUCAGUUCGCCCUUGAUGAUUUCUCGAAUUUGACUCUCAAUGCAAACGGAGACGACUCCUUCCCUCGAAUUGACUGGGACGUUGCGAUGGACAGCUUCUAUCCCCUCGAUAGCUACAACGGACCAAGGAGCCCUCGCAAUACCCCGGCUUCUCUCAGCCAUGUUGGAAGUUGCGAAGACCCAGAUGAAUUCACUGAGAUACCCCAAAGGCGCACAACUUCAGCGCCGCAAUUGGCUUCGGCAAGCCAGUGGUUUGACGGGCAGUCAGAGCGCAACUUGCCCUACCUUCCCAGCUCCAAGGAUAUUUUUACCAGACCACACACACGUCAAUUCUCGGCUGACGACGAAGCCAGCUCCUUUUCAAGUGUCGUGCAUUCGCCUGAUGUUUCUCGAGAUGCGAGCAUGGAUGCUGGGCCUGGAAACCGAGAACCCCUUAGGCACCUCCAAUGCUCACGAGAUCUGGCGCCGCAUUCGCUGCAUUCUACCGUACGGGAACUCCGUGGAGGACAUCUGCUUUCGAGAGCUGCAAGAAAAGUCAACCAUAUUGCUCGGCAGCCUCCGCGAAGACAGGCCAAGAAAUGGAAAGGAUCAAGCUAUGCGUCCACUCGAAGAGUCACACCACAUCUCGGCUUGCCACAUGCCUCGAAUUCUUUGUUCAAGGGGAUUCAUUCUCCUCUUUUGCAUCCACCCACUUCACAGAGAUUGUCAGCAGACGUCGAUAUCGACAACCGCCCAUUCUCAGAUCUUCAACAAGAAUUAGUCUCGGGUCUGGGAAGUGCUUCACCAGGAUGCACCGAGAACACCGUGGCGGGCCCGUCGAAUAGCCCACUGUCUGAUGUUGUGCGCGUUUCAUUCACAAUUCACUUUAUCUGGCGGUCUGGAUCAUUCAUGGCUCAAUUCCAGGCCGCAAAAACGAUUCGCGAAGUGAUGGCUGCCGCUUCCACUCUGUCCGGCAAGUCAGGGCCAUUGGAAGAAGAGCCCCGUCAUGCUUCGAAUCUUGUCUUCACCUACCGCUUUGUGACCUUACCUGGCUUGAUAAUACGUGCCUUUGCUGCUCUGCGUUCCAUGUUGGGCACCAUGAAGAGCUUCCGCGUUGUCGCGAUAGUUGUUGCCAUUUUCCGGACGGCCUGGUCACUUUUUCGAAAUGUGGUUGAAGCCCUUGUGGACGGACUUUCCCGAUGA